UCCGGGUGUGGCGGUCCGAGCGCCGGGGGCGGUGCCAUAGCGGGCGGGGCAGCCGGUGAGCUGUGUGGCUUUGACCAUGAAGCCGCAGCCACCGGGCUAGGCCCGGGGCUGCUCCAGGCCUGGGCAGCCCGCAGAGGGCUGGGCCGGUCCCCAGCUCGGGUUCCCGGGGCGGCAGGUGGCCGCUCACCAUGCCCGGCAAGCACCAGCAAUUCCAGGACCCUGAGGUCGGCUGCUGCGGGAAAUACUUCCUGUUUGGCUUCAACAUUGUCUUCUGGGUGCUGGGAGCCCUGUUCCUGGCCAUUGGCCUCUGGGCCUGGGGUGAGAAGGGCGUUCUCUCCAACAUCUCGGCGCUGACAGAUCUGGGUGGUCUUGACCCCGUGUGGCUGUUUGUGGUGGUGGGGGGAGUCAUGUCAGUGCUGGGCUUCGCCGGCUGCAUUGGGGCCCUCCGGGAAAACACCUUCCUGCUCAAGUUCUUCUCUGUGUUCCUCGGCCUCAUCUUCUUCCUGGAGCUGGCCGCGGGGAUCCUGGCCUUCGUCUUCAAGGAUUGGAUCCGAGACCAACUUAAUCUCUUCAUCAACAACAAUGUCAAAGCCUACCGGGAUGAUCUCGAUCUUCAGAACCUUAUCGACUUUGCUCAGGAAUACUGGUCUUGCUGUGGCGCCCGAGGGCCCAAUGACUGGAACCUCAAUAUCUACUUCAACUGCACUGACUUGAACCCAAGCCGUGAGCGCUGUGGGGUGCCCUUUUCCUGCUGUGUUAGGGACCCAGCGGAAGAUGUCCUCAAUACCCAGUGUGGCUAUGACAUCCGACUCAAACUGGAGCUCGAGCAGCAGGGCUCCAUCUACACCAAAGGCUGUGUGGGCCAGUUUGAGAAGUGGCUACAAGACAACCUGAUCGUGGUGGCCGGAGUCUUGGUGGGGAUCGCCCUCCUCCAGAUAUUUGGCCUCUGCUUGGCCCAGAACCUCGUGAGUGACAUCAAGGCGGUGAAGGCCAACUGGAGCCUGCUGUCUCAGACCUCUCCAUACUCACCAUGACCUUGAGCCUGCCUGGAGCUUGCCUUGGCCUCAGUGUCACAGCCUCUGAAACGGGUCCAAGAAUUCUCUCUCUCGCUUGCCUCUCAGGAUCACACUUGGCGAUGGCUACAAACGACUCAAUAAACAACACUUUGAAAAACA